UAUGAACCAAGACCCUAAAAAAGGGCCUAGGGUUUCAUCUCUUUUCUUUGCGCCUUUCAUCUCUCCCAGCCGAAGGUAAGUCAUGGUGAAGCAUAACAAUGUUGUGCCAAAUGGGCACUUUAAGAAGCACUGGCAGAACUAUGUCAAAACUUGGUUCAAUCAACCAGCACGAAAGAAUAGAAGAAGAAUUGCAAGACAAAAAAAGGCGGUGAGGAUCUUUCCAAGGCCAACGGCUGGACCACUUCGCCCCAUUGUCCAUGGCCAGACUUUGAAGUACAACAUGAAGUUGAGAGCUGGCAAGGGUUUCACACUUGAAGAGCUUAAGGCUGCUGGUAUUUCAAAAAAACUUGCGCCAACCAUUGGUAUUGCUGUUGACCAUCGCCGUAAUAACAGAUCACUUGAAGGUCUUCAGGCUAAUGUACAGAGGCUUAAGACCUACAAGGCCAAGCUUGUCGUCUUUCCAAGACGUGCUCGCAAGUUUAAGACUGGUGAUUCUACUGCUGAGGAGCUUGCAACUGCAACUCAAGUCCAAGUACCAUACAUGCCUAUUUCACUUGAGAAGCCUUCUGUUGAGCUCGUGAAGGUCACCGAGGAAAUGAAGUCGUUUAAGGCAUAUAACAAGCUCCGUGUUGAACGGAUGAAUGAGCGUCAUAUUGGUGCUAGGUUGAAGAAGGCUGCUGAGGCUGAGAAAGAAGAUAAGAAGUGAGAUUGCUCAUUCGAGUGUUGUGUCUUACAUUUUGGCUUUCUAAAAGACUUUAGUUUUUGUUUCUCGUAUUGUCAAUUGAAGCAAGUUGGUUUUAGCAAACUUUGUGGUAUUACGACAGUAGUUUUUAUUUCGAGUAUUUUUGUUAUAUUGAGAAGUUUAUUGCAACU